AUGGAUCUACAUCACUUGAGCUUACAUGCUCGCACGGAUGGGACGGAUACUUUCCUCGAGCUUAUUGCGAAUCCAUUUCGCUCUGCAUUUACAGUUACUGCUAUUUGGGCCUCGUUAGGCACCUCGAUCGGCGUCACAGUCCUCCUCGCUCUCCUCUUCUCCCUUGUUCGACCCCGUCACUCGCUUGUCUAUGCGCCCAAAGUCAAGCAUGCAGACCUCAAACACACUCCGCCCCCGGUGGGCAAGGGCUUCUUCGCCUGGGUCAAACCGGUGAUCAAUACACGGGAAUCGCAGUUGAUCGAGACAGUUGGCCUGGACGCCGCAAUCUUUCUCCGCUUUACAAAAAUGUGCCGCAACAUCUUCAUCUUUCUCAGCAUAAUCGGCUGCCUUAUCAUGAUACCGGUCAAUGUCACACAGAGCAAGGGUUCUACUGACUCAACGGCGUCUUCCGCCUUCAACAUGAUGACACCCCUCAACAUUACCAACCCCACGGCUAUUUGGAGUCAGGUGGUAUGCGCCUGGGCUUUUGAUCUCAUUGUUGUUUUCUUUUUGUGGAGGAACUAUCGCGCUGUACGGAACCUGCGGAGGCAAUAUUUCCAAAGCUCUGAAUACCAGCGCAGUCUGCAUGCCCGAACCUUGAUGAUCACGGACAUUCCUCCCAAUGACCGUAACGACGAAGGCAUUCUGCGACUGACUGACCAGGUUAAUCCCACCGCGGCCCUCCCGCGAGCUGCUAUUGGCCGUAAUGUCAGGGAUUUGCCGCGGAUCAUUAAAGAACACGAGGAGGUUGUCCGAGAACUGGAGUCCGUUUUGGCCAAGUACCUUAAGAACCCGGACCGGUUGCCUGCGAAAAGACCUAUGCUACGCCCCCCUCGUCGACAACGCAACCAACUCCCCGGCGGGAAAGUGGACGCGAUCGAUUAUCUAUCUGUCCGAAUUCGCGUCUUGGAAGAGGAAAUCAAGCAUGGACGGGCGUCGAUUGAUCGCCGAAACGCGAUGCCAUACGGCUUUGCCAGCUGGGACAAUAUCGAGCAUGCUCAUGCUGUGGCAUGGAACUCUCGCCGCAAGCGCCCUGAAGGCACCACUAUUGCUCUUGCGCCGCGGCCCAGCGAUAUCAUCUGGGAAAACCUACCACUUACAAAAUCAGCACGCAAGUGGAAGCGACUGGUCAAUUUUGUCUGGGUGACAUGUUUGACACUCGUAUGGAUUGUUCCUAACGGUCUGAUUGCCAUUUUCUUGUCCAACCUGUCAAAUCUGGGGUUGGUAUGGCCGGCGUUCCAGACCUCGCUGUCAGGGAACCCAAACGUUUGGGCUGCUGUCCAGGGUAUUGCGUCGCCUGCACUGACUUCGCUCGUGUAUCUGGCGCUUCCAAUCAUCUUCCGUCGACUUUCUAUUCAAGGUGGCAGCAAGACUAAAACAUCCCGAGAGCGCCACGUGCUGGGGCAUCUGUAUGCGUUCUUCGUUUUCAACAACCUGAUCGUCUUCUCACUCUUCUCGGCUGCUUGGUACUUCGUGUCGUUCGUGGUUGACAAAACCAAGAACCACGAAGACGCUUGGCACGCCAUCUUGGAAAGCCGGAUGUAUGCGAAGUUGGUAAGCGCUCUAUGCACGGUGUCACCGUUUUGGGUGACGUAUCUUUUGCAGCGUAAUCUCGGCGCUGCCAUUGAUCUUGUGCAGCUGGUUACCAUGGCUUGGGUCUGGUUUGCCAAGACGUUCCUCUCACCCACACCCCGACAGGCAAUCGAGUGGACCGCACCGCCACCAUUCGACUACGCCAGUUACUACAACUAUUUCCUCUUCUAUGCCACUGUGGCCUUCUGUUUCGCUACAUUGCAACCCAUUGUACUGCCGGUGACGGCAUUGUACUUUGGUGUGGAUGCCAUGUUGAAGAAGUAUCUAUUGAUGUACGUGUUCGUGACUAAGAAUGAGUCCGGUGGUGCGUUUUGGCGAGUAUUAUUCAAUCGCAUGAUCUUCGCUACUAUUCUUGCCAACGUGAUUAUCGCUCUCGUUGCCAAGUCGAGCGGCACGUGGAACAUGGUGUUCUGCGUGGUCCCCCUGCCUUUCUUGAUGAUUGGCUUCAAGAUCUAUUGCAUGAAGACGUUUGACUCCGAUUGUGAGUUCUACAAUCGUGCAAACCUAAGCGAUGCCGAGGCCUUAGGCGUGCACACCUCCGACAAGAAGGCGUCAGACCGUCUGAACGCCAAGUUCGGACACCCUGCCCUGUACAAACCACUUCUGACACCUAUGGUGCACGCCAAGGCCGCCGCGGCACUAAAGGAAAUUUACCAGGGUCGUCUGGACCAGGGAGACACGGGCGGCGAGUACUCAGACAUCGCAAUGAACCCGAUGCUCGCGUCCCAGCCCGGCAAGUCUGCCGAACCUGCGCCAUUCGAGGUCGUCCCGGAGAACCAUCUAGACUUCUCGUACUACAAGGAUCGCGCAGACUUCCGAGACGAGUUCGGAGGUGGAAUCUACGGCCGGCCCGAGGACCUGAUGACAGAGCGCUCGCACACACCCCGCAGUACUCUGCGAGGCGAGUGGUCUCCCGGCUCAUCUCGUGCCUCAUCACCGGCACCCUCUCUGCCACCAAUGCCCCCGCUAAAUAUGCACAAUCACAAUGGCUACGAGAAUCCCGACCCGACAGGACUGGUCCACCCGGCCUUCCGUGUGCCGCUAUCGCGGGGCGACAGUGGCAACUCGGUACCAGGAGCGUACUCAAACACAGACGAUGAUGAUUCAAGGCUACUCAGCCAUGCGCAGGUUCCCGCGCAGACGGAUAUCACGAAUCCGCUCGGUCGCUGGCGGACCGGUGGUUAUGGACCUGUCGGCCAGGACGAGGAGCCCUCGUACACAUCCUACGACGCUUACCGUCCACAGCGGUAA